CAUUACGACAUUUCAGACAGAUAGAUACGACAUAAUAGUACCUGUAUAUACCUGAAUGUCCUAUGUUGUAUGCUUCUGAAACGGUCACUUUAAAUUAUUAGAAAGGUGACACGCUGCGUGUCGUUUACUAUAAUUCUCAGAAUGCUGGGACUUGUAGUUCUCACAUGUAGAGCUAGAGCUACACUCGACCCACUCGCUCGCCAUGUGGAACCCACAGUAAGCGGGGACACAAACCUUCCAACCUCAAGCUAACGGUGUGCUGGGUUGUCAGUCAUCAUGUCAUUUUGUUUUAACUUCGACGUCCCGGCACAAUCAACAAGCCCGGACGACGUGGAUGGAAAUGAACUGCCAAAUGGAAAGAAAGAUAAUACCGCUAAAUAUAUGGAGGAUGAUGCCAAACCAGCAGAGCUAGUAAAAGAGGCCAAAGAGCACCUUCCACUCUCUGACCCACAGCUCCUCAGGGAUGCUGUCGCUGAAACGGUUACCAUAGGAACUCUCCCCCUUCUUCACUUCCUCAAUGAGACCAUUUUUGAAAAGACGGCCUCGGAGCGAGAGGACGAGGAGGAGAUUCUCUCUCGCACCGUGGAGCAGAAGUCCGACCUCAUCUCCGGCGUGUACGAGGGCGGGCUGAAGGUGUGGGAGUGCACUUACGACCUUCUGGAGCUGCUGGAGAAAGACGGAGAGACCUUCGGGGGGAAGGCUGUUUUGGAUUUGGGCUGCGGUGCCGGCCUGUUGGGGAUAUUGGCUCUGCAUAGAGGAGCCAGGCAGAUCCACUUCCAAGAUUAUAACAGUACAGUUAUUGAGCAGCUCACAGUGCCAAAUGUAAUACUAAACUGCCAAGAGGAGGAGGAGGAUGAAGUAGACAGUGAAGAUGACAAAGAAGGGCGGGGCACGGGGAAAGUACAGGAGGAAGACGGUUGUAAAAAGAAGGGGAAACGAGAGGUAAAAGACGGCAGCCCACCACCUAAGAAAAGAGCCGCAGACCUAUCCCAGCACCAUUCACUAGCUAAGUGUCGGUUCUUCUCCGGUGACUGGAGCACGUUUCUUGCUUUGGUUAAGAAGGAGGACCCACAACCCAAAUAUGACAUUAUAUUCACUUCAGAGACUAUCUACAACACGGCAUACUACCUAGCGCUACACGAGACCCUCCACAGACUGCUUGCCCCAGAUGGGCUCGUCUACCUCGCCACCAAAUCCCACUACUUCGGUGUCGGUGGUGGACUGCACCUGUUUGAGACGUUUGUGGAGCAGAGGGGUGUUUUCUCUUUGGAUCACCUUUGGGACGGUGAAGAAGGACUUCAGAGACACGUAGUCGUCCUUCGUUUUAGAAUGGCAAAGAAGUGAAGCAGCUGGGUUUGAUACGCAGCUUCGUUCAUGUAAUAACUUGCGCUCUGCACAGUUAAACACAAUAAAAAUAUCGGGAUUUUUUUCUAUGUGCUUGCAAGUUGUAUGUAAGAGCAACUGUGGUAAAAUAAGGAAGAGCUGUAAUAAAAUAUGCUGUCUCAUC